UUUUUUUGUUCGGUUUUGUUUUUUCUCUUUCCUCUUCAAGAACCCUAAAACCCGUCCCCGCAUCUCCGAGCCGAUAGAGAGAAUCGAAAAAUAUAAUCAUUUGCUUAAUUCGAUUUUAUCUGUGUAUCUUCUUAGCUCAAAUCUACGUGAACGAUGGCUACGCCGAUGGUUGCAGGUGCUGCAGUAGCUGCAGCUGCUAUAGCUGGUAGAUAUGGUAUACUCGCUUGGCAAGCCUUCAAGGCCAGGCCAAUCGUGCCUAGAAUGCGCAAGUUUUAUGAAGGUGGUUUCCAAGCUGCCAUGACACGCCGUGAAGCUGCUCUCAUUCUUGGUGUUAGGGAGAAGGUAGUGGCGGAGAAGGUGAAAGAAGCACACAGGAGAGUGAUGGUAGCAAACCACCCUGACGCUGGAGGUAGUCACUAUCUCGCUUCUAAGAUCAAUGAAGCCAAAGAUAUCAUGCUUGGCAAAUCCAAUAACUCUGGCUCUGCUUUUUGAUUCCUCUCAUAUUGAGUGUUUAAUACAAAUCACCCCCCGCAAGGAAACUCCACUUUUGUCUCUUGAUUUUGAAUGUGCUACCCAAUUUCUUGUUGUAUAAUCAUUAUUAUUAUCUUCCCAAAGAAGCAGGUAUUUGAUACAUGUAAUCAGAAACACGUACUGAAUAAAAUAAAAAAAAGCUGAUUAAUUAUUGGGUGUAUUAGGUUAAAUUACACUAAACUCUGUUCUGUUUCUUUUCCAAGCUUAGUAACAUCAGAGGAAGAAACCACCAUCA